GGACCGCGGUGAGAACGCGGCGAACUGCAGCCUUGAUCACCGUGGGUACGAAAGCAGUGCCUCACCAGCGCGCAUAGUGCUAUUUUGCCACCAUCAUGGCUUGCCUUCUGCAUUAGCCUCUUUCUCCCUUCCCUCCCUUCCCUCCCUUUCCCCUCCCCCCGCCAUGACGCCCCACACGUUCGACGGCUACUCGCAGCUGCCCACCAACGUUGCGCCGCCGGCGUUCUGGCGAGUGCAGGGCUAUGCCAGCCACUACUCGCGCGUCGCGGUGCAGUACGUGCGGAAUGCGCGCCGAUCGCUAGUACUCGGGCUCAUCGCCGCGUUCAUUUUUCUCCUCGUUGUCAUUGCCGCCCUCGGGGGGAGGGGAGCAGGGGGAGGGCUGUUGGACGGGCCACCGCUGCUCGGUGGGCCGCCAGACUGGUCGGACAUGUGGGCGUACGAGGCGGCGCUGCCGCAACACAAUCCGAACUUGACGUUCCCCGAGGGCGCCAGUGGUCGAUACGUCAAGUUCUCCUGCGAGAUACAGCAGCUGGGGUGGAACAAUGCGUUGAAUGAGCGGCUGAUGAACGCCCACUUGGCGUACGCGAGCAAGCGCGCAUACGUCUUCCAGGACUACAUCUGGAAGCUCGAAUACUACCCCUGGCAGCAAGCGCAGUACCUCGACCCCGCGCCGCGCACGCCGAUGAACGCGCUCAUUGCGGGGCCCGCGGCGGGCGGCGAAUGGGAUCCCGAGGAUCCUGCGCCGCGCUCCGUGUCGACGGCGUACUACGACGAGGUCUGCCCGCCCGAGCACCGCCGGGUGAUCACCACGGGCGAGGUGAAGGACACGUACCGCUGGGAGUCCGGGGACGUGAUCUUCCGCGUGUGGCGGGACCUGCUGCUCGACGCGCCCGAGCGGUGCAUCGAGAUCGUAUCAGAGGAUAGGGAGAAGGACGGAUACCCGCAGGUGUUCGACUUGUUCUUGUGGGGCUCCGACCGCAUCCUGUCGCUGUACGACGAGUUCAUCAAGUCGCCUGUGUCGCGGCUGCACGCCACCUCGUCCGUCGUCGCCGCAGGCGUCGCGCGCAACACCCCCCUGUUCCGCUCGCGGGGGAAGGGCGGUCCGCUGGACCCCUUCGAGCGCACACUCGCGAUGCACAUCCGCCGCGGGGACUUCAAGGAUGCGUGUUUGGGUCUCGCGGCGUGGAAUAGCACGUUCUACAGCUGGAACCUGCUGCCCGAGCUCCCCGACCGCUUCACCGCGCACGAGGGCGGCGGGUGGGGGUGGAACACCGAGGAGAACAUCGCGCUCUACCUCGAGCACUGCCUGCCCACGUUUGAGGCUAUUGUGCAAAAGACAAGGGACGCGAAGCGCGACUACCUGGCGGAGGGCGAGAAGAAGGGGGAGAAGCGCGUGCUCGACGUCAUGUACAUCCUCACCAACGACGAGAGCGUGUGGUUGGACGAGCUCAAGGAUGCACUGAGGAAGGACGGGUGGGGUACGAUCGUCACGACGAAGGAUCUGCAGUUCGACCAGGAAACGAUGGACACGAAUAUGGCGGUGGACAUGGAGCUGGCAAGAUUAGCGGCAGUCUUCAUCGGCAAUGGGUGGUCCUCUUUCACCAGCAACAUCGUCCACAGACGGCUCGUCGACCAAAGGGAAUUCAUCAGCACACGCUUCUUCUAGUCGAUGACUUGCGUCGCAUCGUCGCUCUCUAAUUCUUGAUAUCUCACCUUGUCGAGCACUCAUGUCGCACCUACGCGACCGCUCCGUACCCGUUCGCAUCGAUCCAUCUUAGUUACAUUCAUCCACCACACUCAACACGCGCCGGGUUCGUAGGGCAUACUUCAUUGUAUACAGACAGAUAUUUAUGCGCGCGCGACACGGCGGGCUCUCUGUACUGUACACCUCAUACCACCGCAUUUCACAGUGGUAGCUUGCUUGUACAUGUACCCAGUCCGCGUCUGUCGUCUCCCUUAGCAAGUACAUGGUUCCACUAAUAUACCCUCAGCUUUGUCGCAUACUUGGGCACUCGUAUAUAUCAUACAUCUUGGGUAGUGGCAGACGGACCAGAAGAGGGACAAAGGGUAUUUUGAGGCUUG